ACCGUCACUAGUUCAAAUUAUUUUACUAACCUAAUUUAAUUUUCUAUUAGAAUGUAAAUUGUAAAUACACAAUCUGAGAAAAAAUAAUAUUAUAAUCUUUCUCUUUAAUUUUGAUGUGAUUUGAACUUAAAAAGUAUACGAUGCCGAGUGUAAUAAGCAAUACUGUUGAUACUCACCCAUUACAUAGUGAUAAAAUGCAGCUGGAGUGUUUAGAAUUGGCCGGCCGUACGCUAGACCGGUAUAUAACCGCUGAUAAUUCUCGUCCUUCAUUCUUAGAGAUAACUGGAAUCGCUGCAUCAAGAACUCCAACAUGCAGUGGCUUGAGUGCUGGAGACUAUCGAAACCUUGCAGCCAUGUUAAAACAUCCAAAUCUGUCCCAGUUGAAGAUAUUAAACAAAGUGCCUUUACCACCUGAAAUUAUGGAACAUUUUGCUCAUAUGCAAUGCCAUUGUCUGAUGGGUGUGUUCCCAGAAAUUAGUCGAGUUUGGCUUGCAAUAGACAGCAAUAUUUAUGUGUGGGCUUUUGAACACGGCAGUGAUGUGGCAUAUUUUGAUGGGCUUGGAGAAACUAUAGUCAGUGUUGGCUUGGUGAAACCAAAGACUGGAGUGUUUCAGACUUUUGUAAAAUAUUUACUUGUGUUAACUACAACAGUUGAAAUAGUUGUCUUAGGUGUUACAUUUUCCUCAAGUAAAAAUGAUUCCACAGGCGAAUUCCAAGAGAUACACUUAGUUCCUGAGCCAGUGUUUGUGUUACCAACAGAUGGUGUAUCUAUGAUGUGUGUGAAAUCAACUUCUAAAGGUCGAAUAUUCAUGGGGGGAAAGGAUGGAUGUCUUUAUGAAAUAACAUAUCAAGCUCAGUUAGGUUGGUUUGGGAAACAUUGCAAGAAGGUUAAUCAUUCAACAAGUGCUUUAUCAUUCCUGGUGCCAUCAUUCCUCAAUGCCGCUUUGUAUGAUGAAGAUGCUAUAGUGAAAAUUGAAGUUGACAAUUCCCGCCACAUAUUGUACACACUAAGUGAAAAAGGUUGCAUUGAAGUCUUCGAUCUGGGAGAGGAUGGUGAAAGUUUGAGCAAAGUAGUGAGGUUAUCACAAGGGAAGAUUGUCACGUCAGCUAUGGAUAUUGUCAAGACAUUAGAACCCAAUAAUUUUAAACCAGUGGUAGCAAUAUCUGCAGUUGACGAAUUGGAAUCUGAACAUCUUAAUCUAGUCGCAGUUACACAAACUGGUGCAAGACUGUAUUUUAGUACUGGAAGUGGGGAUGCGAGUCAAGGUGGAUCUCAGCGACCACAGUAUCUGACACUUCUACAUGUAAGAUUACCUCCAGGAUUCACUCCCAACGCUUCAGUACUUAAACCAAAACAAGUUCAUAGUGCUGUUUAUGAAAAUGGAUCACUGGUUAUGGUAUGUUCUGCUGGUGGUGGUGGCGAAGCGGAGACUCUAUGGUGUUUAUCGAACGCUAUACCCGGAGGCGAGGAGUUCAGCGAGGCUCACACGGUUUUGUCGUUAGAUGGCCCCGCUUGGGCAUUAACGGCGCUUCCGCCGAAACACGACGCUAAUCUUUCGCCAGCUCUAUUGUCAAAGAAAGAGGCGUGGUCGGUGUCGCGGUGGGCGGUGGUGACUGGCGCGGGCGCGGCGCUGGUGGCGGCGGGCGCGGCGCCCGACCUGCUGCGGGCGCUGCUGCGAGACUGCGGCGGGCCCGACGCCGCGCCUGUACACCACUUCUUCCAGGUGCAGGCGGCGGAGCAGGCGUGCGCGUGCGCGCUGCGUGUGGCGUGCGAGGAGCCGGCGGCGGAGGGCGCCGUGCGCGAGUGGGCGGCGCGCGCGCUGCUUCUCUACGGCGGCCAGCCCGCCCACAACCCCGCACACCCCGCACACCCCGCACACCCCGCACACACCGCACACCCCGCACACACCGCACACACCUACUACCACCAGCCCUCCCACCUCGCGCAGCCCUCGCAGGCGCCCACGACUAUAGGUUCUCCAAAAUUUUCACCUCGACAAAUGUCAACACCUAUGACCAUGAGGGGGCCACAGGGUCAACUACAUCAAGGUCAAUUGAACCAAUCAUAUCAGGCUCAGAUGAAUCAGUCGUUCCCUGGUUCACCUAAUCAGUCAUUAAUGCCACAGUCUCCACUGCAUCCGAAUGUGAUGAGUCCACCAUUCAACCAGUCAUCAUUUAUUGGCUCACCACAACAGAGAGAUCAAAGUUUCCCUAUUCAAGUGGAAUACAGUGCAAAACACAAUGGACUGUACAUAUAUAUUGGCAGGAUUCUGGCACCUAUUUGGAAUCUCAAAUGCGUCACAAAAUCGUUAACACCAGAUAAUAAAGAAUUUAUGUGUAGUAAGGUGACAGGAGAAGAUUGUGCGUACAUAGCACAGAAGCUGCAGCGUGUUUGCGCUUUCAUGCAGCGCACACUAGCGCCGCCGCACUCCGACGAGCAUACCUCGCUACAUGCAUUGAAACUUUUUAUAACCAUGGCGAUAGAAAUGUUGAGUCUAUGGAAGGUGUUGUGUGAACAUCAAUUCCAUAUCAUUGCUGCAAAUUUGCCACGUGACCAGCAGAGUGCAUUGCAGGCGGCUAGUUUUAGGGAAUUAUUAGUUGGAGGUCAAGAGGUUGCUUGUCUGCUACUGAGCUCAUUAGUAGCGGGCUAUUUGCGUGACAAUGCGUCUGUUGAUGGUAUUUCACAGAAACUCAGACAGCUCUGUCCCACGCUAUAUAGACAAGAAGACGCUACCUGUUCCAAAGCCAAUGAAUUACUAAUGUUUGCGAAACAACAAAAGAAUCCAGCUGAAAAAGAGGAAAUGCUCCAACUUGCACUGAAGCUUUGUAAGGAUGUAGCUCCAAUCGUGAACUUGCCAUUAGUGUGUUCAAAGUUAUUAUCUGUUGGAUUUUAUUCUGGCGUAGUAGAAUUGUGUGUGGCGUGCGCCAACAAACUGGACCCGCAAGACAAGGCCUUACACUACUACAGGAGUGACCAGCCUUCUCAAGACCGUGAGGGUCAUAUCCUUUAUUUUAAAAGAAUGGAGAUAUAUCGUGAAGUGGGUAAUGCGUUGGAGCGUCUCUAUGAGCGUAGCUCUGAGACUUCAGCUAGUGAGUAUUCACCACUUCGGUCCUCGUCUACAUCAAAGUCUACCAGCGAUGCUAUGCUCACAUUGUCCCCUGCAGAUGCUAACUACCAGGGCCGUAAAUUAGUCUGGGAAUGUUUGUCAUGUAAUGAUGAACUCUUACACAUAGCUGUUUAUGAGUGGCUAGUAGCAAAUAACUUAGGAGCGGAGUUGGUGUCGCUGGGCUCGGCGCCGCCGGCGUCGCUGCGCGCGUACCUGGCGGGCGCGGCGCGGGCGUCGCGCGGGUACCGGGCGCUGCAGCUGCUGGACCUGCUGUGGAGGGUGCUCGAGAAGGCCGGCGACCACCUCGCCGCCGCCGACGUGCUCGAGGGACUCGCCACGCGCCCAGGGUCUGGCGCGAGCCUGGCGCACCGAAUGUCGUGGCUGUCGGCCGGCGUGGUGUGCGUGCGCGGCGCCGGCGCCGGCGGCGGCGGCGAGCUGCUGCGGCGCCUGGAGGAGGCGGCCGAGGUGGCGCGCGUGCAGGCCGCCGUGCGCGCCGCCGCCGCCGCGCUGCCCCGCCACCUGCAGCCGCCGCCGCCCCUGCUGCGGCGCCUCGACGACGAGCUGCUCGAGAUCACGCAGCUGUAUGAAGAGUAUGCCGAUCGCUACAAUUUGUGGGAAUGCAAGCUGGCGAUCGUACAGUGUUCCGGACAUAACGACGCGCUGCUCGUGGAGACCAUCUGGAGUAACAUCCUGGAGGAGGCGGAAGCAGCCGCGCGGGUGCUGCCCUCCGGCGAUGAACGGCUCUCCUCCGUACUCAGCAAGCUCACCACGCUGGGCAGGGAGUACGUCCACACCGGCCACUGCUUCCCGCUAUAUUUCAUUGUUCGCCAAUUAGAAAUAAUGUCGUGUAAACUGGAAGCAGACAAAAGUAUGGUGUAUCGCACAAUACUGAAUAUUGGCGUGUCCAUAGAACAAGUUCUCGAUAUAUAUAUAAAGUUGGUGAGCGUGAACGAGCGCGUCUGGUUGGGGUGCGGAGACGAGACCCACGUGUGCGGCGUGGCGGCGAGCCUGCUGCUGGCGGCGCGAGGCCAGCUGGCGCCGCUGGCAUCCGCGCCACGCCGCCGCGGGCUAGCGCGCUGCAAGGACCUGCACGAGGCCGCGCUCUCCGCGCUACAGGCCCGACCAAAUACCCAAGAUCUCAUCGAUAAAUUAACAGUGGCGCAGUCGCAUCUAGAUCGUAUGGAUUAAUAUUAGUUAAUAUUCAAAGCUGAAUAGUUAUGCAUUGCAGUAAGUGAAAAGUAAUAUUAGUCGUCUAGUAAUUUCCAGCUAAUAUUAUAUAAAUUCCAUUCAAUAUAUUAGACAUUUAUUUUUUGGAU